AUGGAGUUUUCUUCGGUUCAGAAACUUUGCUUACACUUAAUUUCUUCAGCAUAUCAGAGAUGCCGAUUAUCCGAACAGAUUUGCAGACUCUCAGUUGGUCUCACUUGCUCUUCAUCUUCCGAUCCUUCUCUUAAAAUUUCUAUAUCUGAUACAGGCUUAGGAAGCAGCUUAGUGGAAUUUCAAGAAAUGAGGUUUUCUUUCGCAAAUGUUGCUGACAAUUGGGCAGAUGGAAUGCUUUCUAUCAAAACCACCAGUAUCAGUGAUAGUGAGAUACAUAAUUAUCAGAUAAAUCUGAAAGAAAGUGGUUCCUCCAGAAUAACUAAACUACCUUCAGAUGCAAAAAAUGGUGCAAAAUUCAGUGGUAGCGAAGUUUGCCUUUCUACUAUUGUUAACCCUGAUCUCUUGCUGGCUGAAAUUCAUAACCUCCUAGAGAAGAUGUUAAUUCUAAAUAUUCCUAAUGUAGCAAUUCAAUUAGUAGCAGAAGAUAGCGAUGUACCUGAAUCACGAUAUGAAGAGGUCUUUCUUGCAAAUACGUGCGAGCAGUUGCCAAUCUCAACAUCAAGUCUUGAACAUCUUAAAUCAGGCCUCGAAGACUAUGUACUUAAGCAUGGAAAUAACUUAAGUGACCACUGUACCUCUUGCUUCACAAGAAGGGAGGAGGUCAAAGUUGGCAGUGGAGUGGCUUGCAGCAGUGAAAACCGUCUACACACUGAACUGGUGAUGGAAGCGGUCUUAGCAAUAAGUAAUAUAUCAACUCAAAACACUACGUGCUUCAGAGAAUACGGUGACAAAACAGAGGUUUUGUAUUUCAAAGACUUUUCACCAAGCACAAUGUCUCCUUCAUCUAUGAAGGCAUUGAAAAGCAUUGACUGGAAAAGAUAUGGUUUGCAUUUAGGGCGUAUAGUAGAGCAAGAUGGCAUAGCAUUACUAGAAUGGGAAAACCUCCCUACUGAUACUCACAUUGAUAUUGUCCUCCACUCAUAUCUAAAACAAUAUCCAACAUCUGAGACAGCUAAACAUAUAACCGGGAUACCUGCGCCAAGGAAAAGGUCUCAAAUUGAUAGAAGCCUUGUUAAAAGAGCUAUUAAAUUUUCUCUGGAUGACUUGAAGGCUAAGCAUUUUGGGGAUUUUCUUAGUUCGCGUGCCCUCCAGAUUCGCAAUUAUGCCCCUGAUCUUGCUCAAACAAUUGCUGGACUGAUCUUCUCUUCCAGUGACUUAAAUUUUCAGAGAGAAUGUUUUUCACUACUUGGAUUACAGUCUCAAGAUGUUGGAACUGAAAUCAUGGAAAACAGUAUCAUGGAAAAAAUUGUUUCAGUUAUAGAGAUGAACGACAAGGAUCCUGACAAAUCUAAAGAAAUCGCGCCUUUCCUUUUCGAGGAGGAUGAUCAUAUCCAGGAGGAACUGGAAGUAGAGUUUCAAGAAAACUAUUUAAGCCCCUUGGACCUGGACAUCAAUAUGUUUUAA